UUUCUUGACUGCGCGGAUUCGUGAUGAUCGGAACAUUUCGAACACGGCGUGUUUCAACGGGGAAGAAGUAGAUCCGGACACUCGUGGGCUCAUUACAGGCUGAUGCAAGUUGAAUGACGGAUCUGUCACCUUACCGUGUGAAGGAGAUGACAGACUACCAAGGAGACGUGGAAGGAGCCAGCACUCCCAUGGAGCUUUAUGAGAAACUCAGCGAACAAGGGGGAAAAGUGAGGUCCCUGAAGUCAGCCGAAGCUGAUAAAGCUGAGGUUGAUGCUGCUGUCCAGCUGCUACUGCAGCUGAAAAUGGACUACAAACAGAUGACUGGUCAGGACUACAAAGCAGGAUGUCCACCGUCAGCGAACGAUGCUGCGCCGAACAACGGCCCGGCAGCAGAUGGAGCCGGUGAGGACGACACAGUGGAUCCAUGGACCGUUUCAACCACCAACGCCACGGGAGUCGAUUAUGACAAAUUAAUAGUGAGGUUUGGCAGCAGUAAAAUCGACCAGGAGCUGGUGGACAGAAUAGAGAAGGUUUGUGGACAGAAGCCCCAUCACUUCCUACGAAGAGGAAUUUUCUUCUCACACAGAGAUAUGCAUCAGGUACUGGAUGCGUACGAGAAGCACCAGUCGUUCUACCUGUACACGGGCAGAGGGCCGUCCUCAGAGGCCAUGCAUGUUGGUCACCUCAUCCCUUUUAUCUUCACUAAAUGGCUCCAGGACGUGUUCGACAUCCCGCUGGUGAUCCAGCUGACGGAUGAUGAGAAGUACCUGUGGAAGGACCUGACUGUUGAAGAAUGCCACGGCUUUGCCAUAGAAAACACCAAGGACAUAAUCGCCUGUGGCUUUGACAUCAACAAGACCUUUAUCUUCUCUGACCUCGACUACAUGGGUUCCUCCCCGGAGUUCUACCGAAAUGUGGUGAAGAUCCAGAAGCAUGUGACGUUUAACCAGGUUAAAGGCAUCUUUGGCUUUACGGACAGUGACUGCAUCGGAAAGAUCAGCUUCCCAGCCAUCCAGGCCGCGCCAUCCUUCAGUAACUCCUUCCCUCAUGUUUUCGGAAGCAGACAAGACAUACAGUGCCUUAUCCCCUGUGCCAUUGAUCAGGACCCCUACUUCAGGAUGACCCGCGAUGUUGCUCCGAGGAUCGGUUACCCGAAACCAGCCCUGCUGCACUCCACCUUCUUCCCUGCCCUGCAGGGGGCGCAGACGAAGAUGAGCGCCAGCGACGCUAACUCCUCCAUAUUCCUCACUGACACCCCAAAGCAGAUCAAGAACAAGGUUAACAAACACGCGUUUUCUGGAGGGAAGGACACGGUGGAGGAACACAGGAAGUACGGCGGGAACGCAGACGUAGAUGUCUGCUUCAUGUAUUUGACUUUCUUCCUUGAGGAUGAUGAGCAGCUGGAGAAAAUCAGACAGGACUACACGAGCGGCGCUCUGCUAACUGGCGAAUUGAAGAAGAUAUUGAUUGAGACUCUGCAGCCGAUGAUUGCGCAGCAUCAAGAGAGACGCAAACAAGUCACAGAUGAACUAGUGAAGCAGUUCAUGACACCAAGGCCUUUAAAUUUUAACUUGUAGCUCACAGAUCCGUGUUUGUUGUGCUCGGCGGUUUUUUUUCCCAUUUGAAGUCGUCUGUAAUGGGAGGAAACAAAAAAACUGCUCAUGCUGCUGCAAAUGCACAUAUUGUUGUUCAGGAGUAAAAAUAAAAGGCAUGUUUUCUGAAUCCUGCUUAUAGACAAACAAAAAUCAUCCGCUUCGGAAGUCCUCUGUGGAAAUUUAACUUCUCACAUCAGUGAAUGCAACCCUGUAAACGGGACGACUUUAUCACACUAAUACUUUCACAGUUUGAGCCACUCUGUUAUUGGUUGCUAUGUUCCAAAAACAAAAGGUUAUUGUGAUUACUUUUGGGCUUUUAAUGAUGCAUUUUUUAUUUUUUUUUCAGAGUUGAACAUCAUGCAGCACAUAACUGAAAUUAAUUUUUAGGAAAACAGAAUUGGGUGUACUGAUAGAGCCAACGUUAUACUCUUGGAAAAAAUGGUUGCAUUAAUAUAAAUCAGAUGGUUAAGCACAAAAACAAAAAAAUCAAAUGGAUUGAGGCUUUGUUUCCAAAAGCUUCAUGUUAUUCAUUCCAUGCAUUUAAAACACAAUUAUGAUGUUUCUUUAAAUUUUGUUCCUAUUGAAGGAAUAUGAAUCCUGGGUGUCCAAAGAGCAAACUGACUCUGACCCUGAAUUAAAAAUGAAUCAAAAAGUGAUAUUUUUUUCUGUGCAGCAGCACAAAAGAAAACUAUAUGCUUUUAUUUUAAUACAGCAAACAUUUUGAAUCAAUGGUGAAUAACAUCUGUGUCCUAUAAAAAAACAAAACGAAAAUCUGAUGACUAUAUUUGCUUGAUUUUGACUCAAUAUUUUUGACCCAUCUUACAAAAAGUUUGGACACAAGAUAUUCCAGCUACUCUGCAUUUCUCCACCACAGGCAAGAACCUAUGAUGGUGUACUUGGACUAUUGUAGAUAGUUUU